AAUACCACGGCGUAUACGGAUGAGCCGUCAAAUCAGCGGGGAGUGGGGUUCCGCCUGCAGGGCCGCCAGCACAAUAUAACUUGGCGAGCUCCGCAGCAGACACCACUUGCCUGGACGCCUCCACACGCUCGACAGCCGCGGAGAUGGGCCCAAGCACGUUCAUCCUUGGAGUUCUGAUGCUAAAGGCAGUCUCCGUGGCAUCAAAACCGCAGAUAAAGCCCGAGGAAGUUGUCAUUCUUGAACAAGAGAACAACUUCAAUGGCGUCGACCCCUGGCGCUGGAGCUACAAGACGAGCGACGGUCAGUCCCACGAAGAGUCUGGAGCACUGACGCCUGACGGGGAGUCGGUGGCGCUACAGGGCGGCUACACGUGGACGUCUCCAGAGGGCAUCACCUUCACUGUCACUUACACGGCCGACGACGACCGCGGCUUCGUCCCCACUGUUACCCAGCAGGGAGCAGGUGGCGUGCCCAAGCCUCUGGAGCCGCAGUUCGGCGGAGGUCGCGUGCAGCCGCAGCCACGGCCAGGUGGCUUCCCCAGGCCGCCAGGCGCAGUUGCCGGCGGAAGCCCAAGGCGGCCGGGAGCAGGAAAAUAGGGGAUACCCGGCUACUUUGGCAGCGGGGCAACGAGGUUUACAGGCAGAAAGCAACGUGGCACUCCAUGUAACAAAAGCACUAACAAGGAGAACACACGGCAGGCGGACUUUUGUUAAUUUUUGUUAAAUUUAUGGUACGUGAAAUUCAGGGCACAAAUAUCAGUCGAGCUGAGCAGAUCACUGCAGCUCUCGAAAAUUCCCGAGUAAACAGACAUCGUAGAUUUCCGACUAUCUUUAAUACUCUACUUUUAUUUACUUUACCUGUCCAGGACAUGAAACAAUGCUGCUGGUCCAUUAAAAACUUCAAAAAUUAA